CUCACGGCCGGCGGGGGGAGGAAUGGGAGCGGGAAGCCCGAGGCUUGGGUUCGGCAGCGGGCGGGCGGCGCUGCUGCUGAUGCUUCUCCUGUGCGCGGUGACGGUGACGGCGGCGGCGGACGGAGCCGGAGCCAGGGAGGAGGGUGAAGCCGGAGCCCCUGCCCCUGCCCCGGCCGGCGGUGGCCGCUACGCCGCCGGCCAGGAGGUGCCCGUGUACGUCAACAAGGUGGGCCCGUACCACAACCCGCAGGAGACGUAUCACUACUACAGCCUGCCCGUGUGCCGGCCCGACCGCGUCCGCCAUCGCAGCCUCAGCCUGGGCGAGGUGCUGGACGGCGACCGCAUGGCCGAGAGCCUCUACCGCAUCGCCUUCCGCAAGGACCACUCCCGCCGACAACUCUGUCAGCUCCAGCUCGACGCCCAGCAGAUCGAUCAGCUGAAGGAGGCAGUGGAGGAGCUGUACUACUUUGAGUUUGUGCUGGACGACCUGCCUGUGCGUGGCUUUGUGGGCUACCUUGAGGAGAGCACCUUCCUGCCGCACACGCACAAGGUGGGGCUUUGGACCCACCUGGACUUCCACCUGGAGUACAACGGCGACCGGCUGAUCUCGGCCAACGUCAGCAUGCGCGAGUCGAAGCCGCAGAGCCUGGACGAGUUGCGGGCGCCGGCCGCCAUGACGCACACCUACAGCGUGCGCUGGCACGAGACGGCGCUGCCCUACGAGCGGCGGCAGGACCGGCUGCGCGACGCCAGCUUCUUCCCCCGCUCGCUGGAGAUCCACUGGCUCUCCAUCAUCAACUCCAUGGUGCUGGUCUUCCUGCUCACCGGCUUCGUCCUCGUCAUCCUCAUGCGCGUCCUGCGCAACGACUUCGCCCGCUACAACCUGGAGGACGACGGGGGGGCUGGCGGCUCCGGGGGGCUGGGACCCUCUCCCCGCGACGACUUUGAGCAGGCCGACAACGGCUGGAAGAUCAUCCACACUGACGUCUUCCGCUUCCCCCCCCACAAGAGCCUCCUCUGCUCCGUGCUGGGGGUGGGGGCACAGUUCCUGACCCUGGGGACAGGCAUCAUCGUCAUGGCGUUGCUGGGCAUGUUCAACGUACACCGGCACGGCGCCAUCAACUCUGCCGCCAUCCUCCUGUACGCCCUGACCUGCUGCGUGUCCGGCUACGUGGCCAGCAACUUCUACCGCAAGCUGGGCGGCAAUCGCUGGGUGUGGAACAUCCUGCUCACCUCCAGCCUCUUCUCUGGCCCCUUCUUCCUGACGUGGAGUGUGAUCAACACUGUGCACUGGGCGAACGGCUCCACCCAGGCCCUGCCGGCCACCACCGUGAUGUUGCUCCUCACCGUCUGGGUGCUGGUCGGCUUCCCGCUCACCGUCAUCGGCGGCAUCGUGGGCAAGAACAGCGCCACCAGCUUCGACGCCCCGUGCCGCACCAAGAACAUCGCCCGCGAGAUCCCCCCGCCGCCCUGGUACAAGGGGGGGCCCGUCCACAUGACCAUCGGGGGCUUCCUGCCCUUCAGUGCUAUCUCGGUGGAGUUGUACUACAUCUUUGCCACGGUGUGGGGGCGUGAGCAAUACACACUGUACGGGAUUCUCUUCAUCGUCUUCGCCAUCCUGCUGAGUGUGAGCGGCUGCAUCUCGGUGGCGCUCACGUACUUCCAGCUGUCGGGGGAGGAUUACCGCUGGUGGUGGCGCUGUAUCUUCUCCACCGGCUCCACCGGCCUCUUCAUGUUCCUCUACUCCAUCUUCUACUACCAUCGCCGCUCCAACAUGUCCGGGGCCCUGCAGACCAUCGAGUUCUUCGGCUACACAUUCCUCACCUGCUACAUCUUCUUCCUCAUGCUGGGCUCCGUCUCCUUCUUCACCUCCUUGCAGUUCAUCCGCUACAUCUACGUCAACCUCAAGAUGGAUUGAAGACUUCCUCCUCCUCCUCCUCUCUCUAGCCCAGGUAACUGGCCCUCCCCUCCAUCUCCACCUUCCCUCCACCUUCCCCUCGCCUCCA